AUGCAGGAAGUGCAAUGGGGCGACGCGAACAUGGUGGAUGCCGAGCGUCGACUGCUGGCCCACGCGCUCCUCGACGUCUCGAACCAGAGGUUCGUCCUCCUUUCCGAGUCGUGCAUUCCUCUCUACAAUUUCUCCACCGUCUACUCCUACCUCCUCAACUCCAACCAAACCUUCGUCGAGUCCUAUGACCUCCCGGGCCCGGUGGGCCGCGGCCGCUACAGCCCCGACAUGUCCCCCACCAUCCUCCUCUCUGAAUGGCGCAAGGGCUCCCAAUGGUUCUUCGCGGACCGCCACCUGGCGCUCGAGGUAGUCUCGGACUCCACCUACUUCCCGGCCUUCAAAAAUCACUGCACGGGGGGAUGCUACGCGGACGAGCACUACCUGCCGACACUCGUGGGCCUGCUCCCGGGCGGGUUUGCGGCCCGGAACGCGAACCGGACCCUUACAUGGGUCGACUGGGCGAGGGGUGGGCCCCACCCGACAAAGUUCAUCCGAACGGACGUGAGCCCGCGGUUCCUCCAGUGGCUGAGAGAGGGAGGGGGAAAGGCGUGCGGCCCGGAGACGAUGGGCCCGUGCUACCUUUUCGCGAGGAAGUUCACGCCCGACGCACUCGAUAGGCUGCUCAGAUUUGCGCCGCAGGUCAUAGAGAUUGAGAGGUCUUUCAGUUCCAUGGCCAAGGCUGUGAAGGUCCUAUGGGACGGGCCUGAAAGGAGUCCGCAGGAUGAUGAUGAUGAUGAUGAUGAUGAUGAUGAUGAUGAUGAUGAUAAUGAUGAUGAUAAUGAUGAUGAUGAUGAUGAUGAUGAUGAUGAUGAUGAUGAUGAUGAUGAUGAUGAUGAUGAUGGUGAUGUUUAUGAUGAUGACGAUGACGAGGAGCAGGCCUAUGAUGAUGUCGAGCAGGCCUAUGAUGAUCCUCUGCCAGCCGCUUCGCCUUUGUCUACCAUCGCAUCUGUCAGCCGCCGCAUCGUCUUGCCUUCGUCCACCGCCUCCACGUCGACUCGUCUCCAACAGCCGCCACGUCGCCUCGCCGUCGACCUCCUCUGUGUCUCAUCGACUACACCCGCCGCCGUGACGACUCGCCUCCAUUUGCCUUUUCAUCGAAACAGUGAAACAUGCGGCGGCGAACGGCGGUCCGACAAAAAUGUGAAAAGUGUGGUGACAGAUCUGAUUUGUGUGUGUGUGGGUGAAAAGUGGGUAAUGACGGGGGCCACUCCGCCCACCGGAAAAUUGCAUUGUGUCCCUUAUGCUCUCCAAUUAACGCCGCCGCCGGAGACCGCGUCUUCUCCUCCGUCCGCCGCCUCCAAAAUUCCGGUUACUACUCCAGUAAACGCCGCUGUCUACCUCUGGUCCGACCCGCGUCAAAAACAUAUUACAGGCUGCCAAAUCACCGCCGAGCACAUCCAACCUCAAGCGUUUGGAGGCCUAAAUUCGCCCGCCCACGAAGAAUCUCACCGACGCCGUGAAGCUCGGAUAAUUCCGGCAAGCACAUGA